ACGCUUGAACUCAAGGUUCGAUCGCUCCUCGUUACACGUCCAACUCUAUAAGUAUACAACCAUCUGGAGUUAUCCAGUACCAGCUUCAUGGAGUCAAGCACGGCUUUCCCCACGCUCCACAAAAUCAAUGUCCUCACCUUCUUCCCGGCCUUCGCCUUCCUCCUCCCUGCGGGAAUCCUCAGCAGCAUAAUUCCACCGAUGGGGAUCAUCCCGAUGUUCUUCUCAUUCCUCAACGGUGUAGCGCAUUUGCUGCGGCCGCGAAAUGACAUCAAGAAGAAGUCGUGUAGAUGGUUCACUCAUCCCAUUUGGGAUUUCGCGAUUUGCCUUGCAGAUCUGGGUGUUUUGCUUCCUCUUUGGAUCAUCGAUACCCAGAGGACCUACUACGGAUGGCAUAUCAGACCGGGCCCCAUGCUUUUAUUGGAGUACUAUGGUAGUGUGUUCUUGAUGGUCAAUAUGUGCAUCCACGCCUAUCUCUUCCUCGCGAGUUUCAACUGGAAGAAACUGUCGCUCCCAAGCAUUGGCUUUCAAAGAGAGUGCCCGCAUUGCGCCCAGCGGGAGGAGCGCGAUGGUCUUCUUGCAAACCCAGUGACGAAGAGCAUGGGGAAGGGACCGAGGUAUUCGCUGCUAGGCGGCGACGGUGAGUAUCGGGACGAGAGUGCCGAGAGCACACCCAGACCUAGCCAGGAGGUCCAAGAGGUCUGAGGCUUUCGGAAGAAUAAAGAACUGGCAGCUUGAUGGAGGGAAGACAAGUAGGCGUUCGCUCUAUGAAGGUACACCGUGUUG